CAUCUGAAUGAAUAAAUGUUGAAUGAUGAAUGAUGAAUGAAUGAUUUGCUCAAGCCCUUUCAGGACUAGGUGGAAUGUCACGAUCAGGGAACAUCCUGGGUAUAGAUGGAAACUGAGUGGCACCAACAGGCGCUCGGUCGGGAGGGGGCGCUGCAGGGCGGCGGGACGAGAGCUGGAGGGUUGGGGGCGGGGGCGUCCGAGACCCGCAAGUGAUCGGGCUUGCCCGGGGACCCUGCGCCACGACUCUGCAUGAAUUUCUCUUUCGCUUUGGGCCAGCCGGAGGCGGCGGGGCCGUCCCCUGAACGCCUGCGGCCGGGCACCCGUGGAGUUAAUCCGAAAGCGCCGCAAACCCCGCGGGCCGAACUCCGCGUGUCACCGAGAAGCUGAUGUAGAGAGAGACAGAGAGAGAAAGCAAGCAAGAGACCAGAGUCCCGGGAAAGUCCUGCCGCGCCUCGGGACAAUUAUAAAAAUGUGAUCCCCUGGGUCGGCUUCCCACCAUCGCCCUCACCUGCUGCGUCCACCGUCCGGAUCCAGCUCCAGCCCAGUGUCCGCCCAGUGCCCGCUCAGCAUGUGCCCGCCGCGUGGCCUCCUCCUUGUAACCAUCCUGGUCCUAUUAAACCACCUGGACCACCUCAGUUUGGCCAGGAGCCUCCCCACACCCACACCAAGCCCAGGAAUGUUCCAGUGCCUCAACCACUCCCAAACCCUGCUGCGAGCCAUCAGCAACACGCUUCAGAAGGCCAGACAAACUCUAGAAUUUUACUCCUGCACUUCCGAAGAGAUUGAUCAUGAAGAUAUCACAAAAGAUAAAACCAGCACAGUGGAGGCCUGCUUACCACUGGAAUUAACCAUGAAUGAGAGUUGCCUGGCUUCCAGAGAGAUCUCUCUGAUAACUAAUGGGAGUUGCCUGGCCUCCAGAAAGACCUCUUUUAUGACGACCCUGUGCCUUAGCAGUAUCUAUGAGGACUUGAAGAUGUACCAGGUGGAGUUCAAGGCCAUGAAUGCAAAGCUGUUAAUGGAUCCUAAAAGGCAGAUCUUUCUGGAUCAAAACAUGCUGACAGCUAUUGAUGAGCUGUUACAGGCCCUGAAUGUCAACAGUGUGACUGUGCCACAGAACUCCUCCCUGGAAGAACCGGAUUUUUAUAAAACUAAAAUCAAGCUCUGCAUACUUCUUCAUGCUUUCAGAAUUCGUGCAGUGACCAUCAAUAGAAUGAUGAACUAUCUGAAUUCUUCCUAAAAAGCUGAAGUCUCUCCCAACCUUAAAGCCACUUUUACAGAAAUGUGAACCAAAAAA